AUGGCGGCUUUCUCGGGCAGUCGUGAUCAAAGCGUGACAGAAUCUGGUGAAACCUUUGUACUGUGGGGGGAAAUAGCUGAUACAUCAAAUAAAAUAAACCAUCUGCAGAUACUAGAUACUGAACCCACCAAGGCAGCAACUAAGAUUGAAAAGAAUGUCGACACAGUGGGAAUGCAUGGGCUGAGUCAAAAAGAAAAUAUGAUAAAAAGGAUAGCUAACAGCGAUGCUAGAAUAAAAAAUCAACAAAGAGAUGAACCAGAUUUAACAGAAGAACAGAAAAUGGAUAUUGUGGGGGAAAUAUUGAAAAAGAAACCAGCAAUAUUCCUUGAAAGGUUUGGCACGUUCUUGUUAGAAGAAGAUUUAGAACUGUUUAAAAGUUUUGAAAAUGAUUAUGUAAUCAACUUUUACUUGGAAGAUAUAAAGAAACGACUCAAUACUAAAAAGAACGCAACUAAAGUGAGAAAUAGGAGAUAUGAAGCCAUGAAAGAGCUGACAAAUAAAGGCAGUUACUUUAGUGAAGAUGCGAUGCAAGAAAGAGAUCCACUGAUGUAUGAACAUUAUAUUGGACAAUAUUUGACAAAACAAGAAAAAGAGGAGAGAAUGAAGAAGAUUGAUCAGUCAGAUUUGAGGUUUUCUACCAUAUUGAUGGAUUUUAUGGAUAGAAAGGAUAUUGAAGAAAAUCUUGAGAAACAAAAAGAAGCAGAGGAUGAUAUGCUGGAAGAGGAAGAUACUGAUACUGAAGAUGAAGAAGAUGAAAAAAUGGUGUUUGCCUCCAGAGAGGAUGAUGAAAGUGAUGACUCAGAUUCUGCACUCAAAGAUACUGACAUUGCAAUUACUGCAGAAGAGAAAAACAUGCUGAGACUUGAAUAUUUAAAAACUAUGCAGAUACGAUUUAUUAGUGGUAAUGACAAGGAUUUUGAUUAUUCGGCUGUAGAUAACAAUGUUGAUUAUGAUUCUUUGGAUUUGAGACAACAGGAUGAACAGGAAAAGUACUUUGAUGAUGAUGUGCCCUCUAUAGUUGGGAUUGAUGUUAGCAGUGAUGAUGAAGGUCCUCAAAUGAAACAAUUAAUGUCAGGAAAAAAAGAUGAAGAUUAUGAUGAGAUGGAAAUUGAAGAUGCUGAUAAACUGCAAAUAGAGGGAAACAGUCUAAAGUGCAGAUGAAAUCAAAUGAUAGCUAGCUUGGAGCAGGUGUUACAAACUUAUAUCAAUUAAUGUAGCUUAUAGUAGAGCUUUUCUGACAUGUUUGUGACUAUAACCACCCACGACUCGUACAAUUCUCUUAUAUAAAACAUGGUUACUAGAAGAAUUCUAUUAACCGUGUAUAAAAGUAUAUGAUUAAUCAUGAAGCUAAUCAAGUUUGGUCAGUCGGUUAAAUAUUUAAGCAAGGGUGUCAAGGUUCUCUCACUUUAAUAUGUUUGUAGAGGACAUUUAAAGGCUGCAAAAUGAUAUAGUUUAUAGAUUUCAUAAGUCUUGUGCUGUCAAAAUGAGAAGUUACUAUUUUUUUUAUACAGUGUUGUGUCUAAUGCCUUAAAGACUUUCCAGUCAGUCUGAAGUAUGAAAUGGUGAAAGGAAAAUUAAGUGUAUUCAAUUGAUUUGGGAUCCAUGCUUUGUAUUACCAGUGAAAUAUAAAAUAGGGCAAGAGAUCAAGAAACAGGUUAUUUCAAGAUUAUGUCUGUCUGGCCUCUCUAUCUUGCAUGAAAAUGAUGGUAAUGUAAUGUGAAGAUUAAGCCAUGCAAGACUGAAUUGAGUUACAUGUACGUAUAAAGCUAAUCAUAACAUGACAUGCCAUGACUCAUAUA